AUGACCUCCUUUCUCAGCCAUUCCUUCCCCCAUGCCGAAACCAUAGGCUAUUCGUUCGCUGAACAACAGUCAAACGGUGCGCCCAAGCGUCAUCAUGGCUUUAACCCAUACACCGACAAUGGCGGCUCAACGUUAGGCAUCGCAGGUGAAGACUACGCUAUCCUCGCAGGCGACACACGCUCCGUCACCGGCUACAGCAUAAACACCCGCUACUCCCCCAAGCUUUUCAAGAUAGGUGAAGACGGUGAAGGUGGUGAGGGUGCCCAUCUUGUCCUCUCUGUCGUCGGUUUCGCCGCAGACGGUCGCGCCCUCAAAGAACGCUUAGAUGCCGUCGUGAAAAUGUACAAGUACAAGCAUGGCAAGCCCAUGUCUGUGAAAGCCUGUGCGCAGCGUCUGUCUACCAUUCUAUACUCGAAGCGGUUCUUCCCGUACUACGUUCACGCGAUCCUGGGCGGUAUUGAUGAGGACGGCAGGGGUGCGCUGUACAGCUAUGAUCCCGUGGGAUCCUAUGAGAGGGAGUAUUGUCGGGCGGCCGGUGCCGCAGCAAGCUUGAUUAUGCCGUUUUUGGAUAAUCAGGUUAAUUUCAAGAAUCAGUAUGUUUCGGGGCCAGGAGAAGGGAACGCGCUAGAUAAGCAGCCCAGACAGCCGCAACCACAGCCUGCGGAGGAUGCACUGCAGCUUGUCAAUGAUGCUUUUACAAGUGCUGUGGAGAGACAUAUUGAGGUGGGUGAUGGGUUGCAGAUAAUGUUGAUUACGAAGGACGGGAUAAUGGAAAUGUAUCAUCCCCUGAAGAAGGAUUAG